AAUAAGUCCAACGCGUCUGUUACCGGUGGAAAUCAUCACAUGCGGAAGCCGUGUUUUGUCCACUCGAAUCCGUGGUUCCUGCCACUGUUGCGAUUACCCAUAAGUCGGAAUGUCUGACUCCGAGUUGUCGCAACCCUCCACCACUCCAGCACCGCCUGAUCACGAGCUUGAAAAGAGUCUGCGACGCGAAGUGGCGAAAGCUCACAAAGCCGAGUUGGAUUAUUCCGUCAACGAUAUACGUGCAGCCUCCGAAGAGAAGUUAGGCCUUCAGCAAGGGUUUUACAAGAAUCAUGGAGAGUGGGCGAAGCGGAGCAAGGAUGUCAUCAAGGAUCAAAUUGCUAUCAUGUCGGACACCGAGAGUUCUCCGGUAAAGCCAGCCAAAGCAAAGCCUGGAAAGCCUAAUGAACGAACGAAAAAACGCCCCUCGGUCGAGAGAGAAGAUGUACCCAGAAAAAAGCAGAAGAUCGCCAAAGAGGAGGUUGAAACGGAGGAGUCAUCUUCGCCCCUGAGCGACCUCGAAUCCGAAGAGGUCGAAGAGAAGCCUCAGAAGAAACAGAAAAAGGCUCCAGAGAGAAGGCGAACGACUAAGCCGAAGCCGAAGCCGUCAACGCCGAAGAAGGCCAAGCCCGCAAAGUCUGAUAGCGAUGAACAGGAGAGCACACCUGGAGCAGGUGGUGUAGGUCCUUCAUCAGAGGAAGAGAGCAAGAAUGAUACCAAGGACGCCAAUGACGACUCGGAAAGUGAGAUGUCGGUCCUACUGGACGAAGGACCUCAGCCGAAGAACAAGAGGAAGCAGAGAGAACCCUCAGGUCAGAAGGCCAAAAAAUCCAAGACCACCAAAGGCAAACCCGAUACAGAGCUCGAUGGUGAUCAGGCCGAGAUUAAGCGACUUCAAGGCUGGCUAGUAAAGUGUGGCAUCCGGAAGCUCUGGGGCAAAGAGCUCAAACCAUAUGAGACACCCAGAGCGAAAAUCAAGCAUCUUAAAGAGAUGUUGGCAGAGGCCGGCAUGUCUGGUCGAUAUUCUCUGGAAAAGGCCAACCAGAUCAAGGAGGCUCGAGAGUUGGCGGCCGAUAUCGAGGCAGUGCAAGAGGGUGCCGAGCGCUGGGGUGCCGACGACGAUGCUGGAGACCAGAAACAGGAUGGACGUCCUGCAAAGCGGCUAGUGAGAGGUGCGAAGAAUUAUGAUUUCCUGAGUAGCGAUGGCGAAGAGACCGACUGAUGCAGUGGACUCCCGUUGUUGGGUCAGAGAAAGUGUCUUUCAGCGAUCGUUCUUCGAGUGUACUAUUAUGGGACCUUGUUGUAGCCGUUCAUCGAAUGGUUUUGUUGCCGCUCAUGCGUUGCGCCACCAGGCUAAAGACGGCCACUGAUGAGAUGAACAAUACGAGAUUGUAGAACUUAACAGUCAGCGAUUCC